AUGAGAGGAUUUGUUCCUUUGUACCUAGGUAUUGAAAGCCUGACAAGGGAAGAUAUAAUAAACAACCAUACCAGACCGUUAGCAAAGUCUUUGUUUAACGCGAACAAUGGACAGCUGAUACUCGUUCUUGAUGGCACAUACGUAUACAUCCAAAAGAGCAACAACUUCAGCUUUCAAAGACGUACUUAUUCAAUGCACAAAGGUCGUCCCUUAGUUAAGCCCAUGGUUAUAGUAACGACAACAGGAUAUUUUGUCACUAUCAUGGGCCCUUACUUUGCUGAUUCAAAAAAUAAUGAUGCGUCCAUUCUAAAUCAUAUGUUAAAAACAAAUACAGAGGAAAUCAGAAACUUUGUACAAGAAGAUGAUGUAUUUGUAGUUGAUAGGGGUUUUCGGGAUUCCCUGUCACUUCUGGAGGAUUUAGGUAUUAGAGCUGAGAUGCCGUCUUUUAUCAAUAAAGGUCAGAAGCAGAUGCCUUGUGAAGAUGCAAACAACAGUAGAUUUGUUACAAAGAUUCGAUGGGUGGUUGAAUCAGCAAAUGCCCGAAUUAAAAGUUGGAAGUAUUUCAAUUACGUUCUGCCAACUAAUCAAAUUCCAUACAUUGGAGACUACCUGAGAAUAGUAUGUGCGCUUUCAAAUAAGUAUUUCCAGCCACUAUGCUCUCCUCACAGUGAAGAUGGUGACACUCGUUUGGCUUCGAGGAUGCUGUCAUUAUCAUCUGGUGGUAACACUUUGAAGUCUUAUGUUGAAGCAAAUAAUCUUGAAAGAAGGUCUGCACUCUGGAAACCGGUAAGUGAUGUUGUACUUGACAAUUUUCCGAGGUUCACCGAGGAGCAACUACGCUCAUUGACAUGUGGCGUAUAUCAACUGAAAAUGUCUUCGAGCUACAUACAAGAGCAUUUAGAUGGCAACUGUGAUAUACAGGUACAUGCAGACGACAAUGACUUGUUACGCGUUUGGAUUCAAAGUCGUCAUACGUCGUCAAGGAAAUAUCUUCUAUGGAUCAGAUAUUCGUUGUCUGAUAUUAUUGCAUGGUACUGUAAAUGUCGUGCCGGAGAACGUGUUGUCGGCAUGUGUUCUCACAUUGCCUCUGUUGUUUGGUAUCUUAGUUAUGCGCGACAUUUAGAGAGUAACAUUUAUGGUGUUCAAAACUGGGGAGAAUAUCUCGCUGAUGCUAGCAAAAUACCAGAGCCAAUAGAUUUGUCAGAUUCAGAAAGUGAAGCCAGUAUUAUAGAAGAGUGACUGUUUAUACGGUGCUAGAUAAAUAUGUUACAAUUUGUUGUAAAAGUAUAGAUAUUGUAAGACAGUAAGAUUUUUACGACAGAAGUGUCAUAGUUAGACGUAUUACAUUUGUUUAUUUUCGGUUAUCGUUUCAACAUUCUUACAUGUACACUGUUGUAUUUACGUCAUUUGCAUUUGGCAAUUAUAAAAAUGGUGACGUUUUGACUGAUUCAAAUUAAUAUGUUUCUGACUGAUUCAAAUUAAUAUGUUGUAAAUGGAAACUCUUGUUGUCUGUUAUAUCUGUAUUAAAAACAAUUUUGCAGAAUUCAAAAAACGUUCAUUUAUGACCGAUAAUCAUCGGCCGUUCUACAUAUUAUGUAGAGAUUGAAUCUAAGUAAUUCUAUGUCCUAUUUGGUUAAGAUUUUAUUUAAGCUUGUUGGAUUGAAACUUCACUCACAUGUUCAUUGUGAUGAGACGACAUGCAAUUUUCAAAUUGGAUAACUCCGUUUCACUUCUUUAAACAGUUAUCUCCAUUUUCAACUACCGUUUUCAUAAGUGAUACGGUUUUUGAACAGCCAAACGUUGCAAGUUGUUUAUGAAUAUUUAUUAAUGUAAUUGUUGUAGCAUGCAUAGUAUACUUGUAUUCCUGGAUUUUAUUUCAGCAAACGCUUAUAAAAUCAGAAAGAAAACAUAAGCGUCGGUCGUUAAAGAGGAAACUGCAUUUUUUUCUGAUAUCCCUAAGAUAUAUCAAUUCUAAAGCGUAUCCGAAGUUAUUUCGUAAACAUCCAGUCAUUGCGAUAGAGCUUGUUUAUUAGUCAUCUGGAACUAUUUUAAGUACUUUUGCACUGAUUUAGAUAUUGCAAACUUUGUUGGCGAUCGUAAUUUUGCGGUUUCCGGUUCAGGCGGUAACAAGGCUCUGUCCAUAUGCCACUUAAACAGUUUCGAACGCGUUGAA